ACUCGAAGUGGUAUGAGUAAAUAUAUUUCUCAUCAAAUAAAAAAAAUAUGUAUUUAUUAUCUAAUAACGCCCAAUUUAGAAUCAGUAUCAGUGCGACUUUCAAACUAAGUUAAAGUUGCUUGGCUUUGCAGAUUUUGCUGUGAAUAAUAAAGAGUGAAAUGGCUCCAAUUAAGUUCUAUCAUCAUCCCAUGAGUCCACCUUCGCGUAUCGUCCUUUUGACUAUCAGGAACUUAAAUCUACACGCGAACAUUGAAGUCGUUGAUCUUAUGAAUAAAGCCCAAUUAAACCCUGAAUUUCUGAAGAUGAAUCCGCAGCAUACCGUGCCAACUAUUGAGGAUAAUGGAUUUGUUUUGUGGGAGUCCCGAGCUAUUGCUACGUACUUGGUUUCGGCUAAAGCUCCCGGAAGCUCCUUGUAUCCUUCAGACGUAAAGAAGAAGGCCAUUGUGGAUGCCAGAUUGUAUUUGGAACAAGCCUUGCAAAUUUCUCACAGUACAAUAGCGUAUCCAAUUUUUCUGGGAGAGGCUACAACUAUUCCAGAUGAUAAAAAACAAAAAGUCUACCAAAUUUUGGGGAAUUUAAAUUCAUUUUUGGAAGGUCAAAAAUAUGCUGCCGGUGAUGAGCUAACCAUUGCUGAUUUGGCUCUUUUGGCUACCAUCACAAGUAUCUACGAACUUGGCGCGAAUGUUAGUAAAUUCAAAAACAUUUAUGCUUGGUACAAGAGGAUGGAGUCUGUUCCAGGUCAUCAGGAAAAUUAUGAAGGCGCAAAGGCUUUAGGAAACUUCCUACGAUCAAAAGCUGAUAUAUCAAGCAACUGGGAUGAUUAGAUGUAUCAGUGGAUAUGUUUGUCAUAAUUCAAUAAAAGUUACAGCUGGGGUUCACGAAUUU